AGGCUAUCAGUAUGGUCAAAUGGUAUUCUACUCGAAUACAUCGAAGGCGAUAAGAAAAGUGAAACUGCGUUUUUCCCCAUCAACACCUUGCACUAUUGCGCUGCAGUUCGUUAUGUGAAUGUCACCGGAUAUGCUGUCGAAGGAGGUGGCGAACGAUUUCUUCCACUUGACUCUCCAUUCGCCAACAUACCCGAUUCGCCUCAUCCGCCAAUUUUUGCGGCCAUCAUGAGAAGAACCACCGGAGUUAAGGUUUGUGCUUUUUCUUCGAGUUCCUUUUAUGCAUGCACGAGCACGAAACUAGUGGAAUACCACAAGAAGGGUCUUUUUAAUCUCUGA